UGUAUAAUAAUGGAGCCUACAUUUCGCUGACUUAUCUAUACCAGUCUCCUUUUACUUUUUCUUUUUUAUUAACCAGACGCGUCUCGUUUCUCUCGUUGUUCUGCGCUAACGUGUGAAUUGCAUUGCACACACUAUGUCUACGUUCUCGAACGAAAUAGAACAGAAAGUGUUUUUAUAAUCAGAUUUUUCUUUUCCGUUCGAUUUGUUAUGCUCCAAAUUGCCUAUAGCGAAAAUCGUUGUUUCUUGUCACACUGCAAAGAAUUUCUAGCAAGAAUGAUUCUCACUUUUAACACAAGUUUUUCUCAACGCGGUGAACGAAAGCAAAAAAAAAGUGUCUUACCCAUCGUUAUCGUGUUUUCUUUUCGUCUUUUUAAAUCACAUUUCAAAUCCUAAUAACUGUUCACAGAACACGAGUGCUGUGCAAAUAUUUUUCGAAGCAAGUGUUCCAUACGCAUGCCGUAUUUGUUUUUUCCAUCGUUUAUAUUACGAAAUGUCAAAACUAUCUAUAGGUAGAAGUAAUUUCGGAGCUCGCGCGUACAAGUGUGUGUGCGUGUAUAACUGUGUUGAAAUAUGCCGGAUCUUACAGAGUUAUAAUUAACUCUCUAUUACUACGGCGUUCCGAAUAAACUCGAGUGCAUUGAAGAUCUAGCAUCUGUUUAUACACGGUUCAAUGAAUCUGAUGCAGUAUUCUCUAUAAGUUGGAGGAAUCAGCGUUGAGACAAAUGUUCACAUCAGAAAAUUGUCGUUGAUGAAAUCAUAUUCGGUGAAAUUGAAAAAUGAGCUGGCUGCGAAGCAGCCCUUUAAGGGCGAGCUUCAGCAAACAACACGCAAGGGAUUCUCCACCGAAAGACGCAGACCCAACUGCAUGUUACGAUAGUUUUUGUAAGCAUUGGCAACAGACCCAUGAAAUAAUCCGGAAAACAAGGCCACCCAGAAGCGGCCCAACGCACGACGAGAUUUUGGGAGUCGUUAAUCAUGUCGAUCAAAUGGUAACGCUUUUAUUGCUGGAACUCCGAAACACGGCGAGUGCGCAGCAGCGUAAAAAUCCAACACCAACACAUUCGCCUUGCCUCGAAUACUUAUUAAGUGAAAACUUACUCGACGCUCUUUUCGAAUUGAGUACAAAUGCCGGAAGGUACACAACAGUUUUACGUUUGAAGCAGCUCAAACUUCAUGAACUUUUGAUUUCGUACAGCAGCACGUUGCUCGCUCAUGAACCAGUCGCGAGGCCAAUUCUCAGAUUUUUAGAAGCAUGCGCCAACGAUAUUCUCGAGUACGAGGUCGAGAAGAGGCUCAUAUCGCUGCUCAAUCAAUUGUGCGUCGCUAUUAUGCAAAAUAUAGCUCUCCUCGACUUGUUCUUCCAACCCAAUGGAACCGGAAAUAAUAAAUUCAUAAUCUUCACGCUAUUGAUACCGCACAUUCAUCGAGAAGGACCUUUGGGCCAACAAGCGCGUGAUGCGAUGUUACUGUGCAUGUCGCUUUCAAAAAAAAAUGACGAUUUGGGAGUGUACAUUGCCGAUUCUUCCAAUGUUUGUCCAGUAUUGGCGACGGGUCUAAGUGGACUUUACUCGGUUCUUCCCAGAAAAUUGGCCAUAGAAACGGACGAUUGGCAUCGUUUGACGCCGGACGAUGUGAACGAAAUACCCGAGCUCACGCAGCUGAUGGAUUCGUUGGAAUUUUGCAACGCCGUUGCUCAAGUCGCUCAUCCUCUGAUACAGCAGCAACUGCUUGAGUUUUUGUAUCAAGGAUUUCUCGUGCCCGUUAUGGGACCGGCGCUCCUUCAGGAUUCCCUCGGCUUGACACUAGAUCAGCUAGAUGCACCGGACAAUCGGCUUUUGUCUCUAACGACGACGGUGGAAGAGCUGGUCUCCGCCACUGCCUACUUCGAUCUUUUCCUACGUUCCGUUACCGAUCCUGGAUUAUUACGGUCGCUCGUGAGAUUUCUUCUCGAGGACAAUUAUGACCUUUGCCGAAUUUUGGACAGUCUUAUCCAGAGGAUAUCAUCAAGAUCGAGGCUCUGUAUCGUGACACUUGCAUUAUUCGAGACUCUCGUAGAGCUAAACUGUGAGGAUGUGAUGUUAGAAUUAUGUCUGGGUGCGUUAGCACCGUGUUCCCACGUGAUGUUAUCCCAGCGGCGAAGGUUACGAGACGUCGAUCCGUUCGGUCGUGGUGCAGAGAAAUUUUUGUCUCUAACACCCGCCUGUUGUUUGUCCUUCCACGCGGGUUCGAGUCAAACGAACGUAUCGAGAUCGCUGCCGCACGUGCCAUCCGAAAACGGUGGACGCAGACGGAGCUCAGUUUCGUGCUCUUCGAAUACUGUUGGAAACGCGGAGAACGCCGGAUUUGCAUCACUUCCAGCACCGAUAAAUUACGGUUCGAAGCACACGGAAAGUUUGUAUGGAAAUUAUCACGCAUAUUUGUACGAUGCGAGGCAAAAAAUUGUCGCUUGUCAAACCGCUUGUUCAAUGUGGUCGUCGCGUUACGACGGUGAGCCAAACGAGAACAAUAAAAACAGCAGCGGGGCGACACUAGUGCAGGAAAACUCGACGCUCGCUGAUCAAGUUAACUUGUGGCGUAUCGAAAACGACGAAUCGAAAUUGAACCGUGAUACCAGAAUAGAGAAACAAGAAAGUAUCGAAUGGUCUCGAGACUCAUCGAGACCCGUCAGUGAUCCAGCGACCAAUAGAAAAAAAGACACGACUUCAUGCCCACCGGAUUUAUCUCCCAGUGAACGAGAAAACGUUUCUAGUGGGUUUACAUCUCAAGAAAAUAUUCUCGAUAAUAUCAAAUCUCUUCUCGAAGCUGAUGAAGUGCUGGAAGAAAUAUUAGCCGAGGAAAAAGCACGUGAUACGAGUUCGGAAGAUAAAAACGAUCCCGGCGAAGUCGUUCGUACACUUUCGGCCGAGGAACAAGGUAAACUCGAAGCUGAUAUCGCCGAAUUAUUGGGUGAAGAUUUACACACGAUAACGAAUGUCUCCGGUGAAUCCCGAUCUACCAGCCCCGGUGAGAUCGAAACUACCGACAGUCACGUCGAGUCACGGGGUUUCGAUAAACGGACAACGUUGUUCGAGACCGAAAACGACGAUUCAAAUACAGCCAUGAAUUCGCUCUUGUCACUUGGUGAAAGCAGCGGCUAUGAGAGCUUCGCGUUCAAAGGAUCCUCCGAAUCAACACCCGAGAACGAGCACAGUGAAGAUCGUUCGAGCGAACACGACCUCAGCAACGGUGAUAUCACACGCUUGGCAGUUAUCGGUGAAGCGACUAUUUCAAACGAUUCCGCCAAGACACCAACGGAUUCUCAUAACGAUAACGGCGAACUCGAGGAAUCUUCCGAUUCAACCAUCGACCCGAAAAAUCAAAUCGCCCAACGACAAGAUUUAUUCAACGGUAAACCCAACGUGGGCAUUUUUCUCGAUGUUAUUUUGAGGAAAUUGGAAUGCAUGACCAGCAACAAUGUCUACGUUAAUCUCCAUCUCACCGGACUCAUAAGUCGACUCGCUAUUUAUCCACAACCACUUUUACAAUCCUUUCUACUCAAUCAUUCUUUGGUUUUUCAACCGAGCAUCAGAUCCUUGCUGCAAGUUCUUGCUUCCUUGAAACAUAAAAUUGAUCAAUACUUGUCGAAGAUCGAGGAUAUCGAUCAGUUGGUCGAACAAGCGAGAACUUUUCUUAUAGGACGAGAGGAUCGCCUCGUAAACGCUAGAAAAAAUGCUCUGGAAGCUGCAGCACAGUCACCACAGAUGAAGCGUACGGUAUCUGCUAGCGAGCCAUUCACGAGAGGUGUCAAACGAUGCGAGCCGAAGCGGAGAAGUUUGUUGGGACAAGUGUUCGAUUGGUCCGCAGGGAAUUCCGGUGCGAAUAGUUUGAGAAGUUCGUUAGCUCAAAAAUUUGGCAUGAAGGAAGAACUUUUAGAAAUUACAGACAACGGAUCCGGUUACAGAUAUUAUCCAAAAACCACGUGGGAAUCGCCAAAAGACGUGAGUCCAGCUCAAAACGUUGUGCUGUGCGCAGUCGUAAUGGACGAAUGGCUGAAAGAAUUGGCUGCGAUCGCUCAAGAACAUGCGAUUUUGUCACUCGACUCGAGCUCAGAGUUUCGUGCUUGAAUGAUUCCAUUCCCAAAUGGAUCCGAAUUUUGAGAACCGAUGAAUGAUUCCGAAAAAACCCGUGGCCGAAGAUAGAAAAGUACGAAUAUCGGGAAUCCAUGUUUUUAAAAAAUUUCUAACGUAUACGUGAAUUUUAUCGAUGAAAAUUCCCUCCAAAAUAAUCUGGAAUUUGAGAUUCGAGACGAAAAAAAAAACACAGAAAAUUGAACUCGCCUGAAAAUUAUCUCAUUCGAAUGAAUGAAAAAUGUGUCUAUGAAAUCAUUGCGUCCAAUCGAAAUAUUAAAAAAAAAGGCACAGACAAUCGGAUAAUGAAAUAAGAAAAAUAUUAUGCAGAAAUCGACAAGUCGAAGUGUAUGGAAAAGUUUUCUAAUUCGACAGUGCAUCGAAUUCUCAUUGCGAAUGAACUGAUGACAAUGCAACUCACGAAAAAAAAAACAUACUUUACGUAAAAACGGGAAAAGUAGUUGCUAUCGUAAUUUAAAUUUUCGAAUAUAUUUAAAAUAACAAAAUAUAUGAAAAUAUUGCUGAAAGAUGCAAGAAAGCACAGAAUCCGGACAGCAGAGUUUAAAAUUAUGGGGCGGAAAGGAAAAUCGAGCUUACGUUCAUCUCUAUAAAGAUCGAGUACAAGAUUGAGUAAGCCAAGCGAUCAAGAAAAGGAAAUAAAUGAAGAAGUGCGAAAGUAGUAUCGUGACUUGGCCAACGGGAUCGAUCAAAGUGCAAUACAUCCAUAACUAUAAUAGAAAUUGGGGGGAAAAAAACUAUAUAAAAACGAUAAUGUAAUGAAACAACAAAGGAAUAAUAUUCGAAAGAAUGACGCCAAUCGACGAAAGAUUUCAUAACGUUCCUACGUCAAACAAUUUGCCAAUGUCCAGGGAACAAUCAUGUGACACCAAAAACUUUCUUGUCGCGCCUAGUCCUUGCCGAUAUUUGCGUAUGAGAUGUAAAGCAAUUUAAAAUUGUUUAUCCUUUUUAUACCCUGAUAAUUGCGAGUCAGACUAAUUUUCGUGUACUGGCGAUAUUUAGGUCUGCGGUUUUAAAAUCAAUAUCUUCAAAUGCACAGUGCAAAUCGCUGGCACCAUCGUGAUUGAAAAAACUGCGUAUAACAGCGUAUUUUAUUUUUCUAAUUAACUUCAAUUUCGAAUUCGCAUCCUCUUUUGUCAGACUAAAUAUUCAGUUUUUUGGUCGAUAAUCUCGAGAUCUAAUUUUUAAAAUUGAAGCCUAUCAUCGAAAGUGUUUUUUUACGCAUAAAGUCAAUGCAUAUAAAGAAUGAAAUAUAUAUUGCAAAUGAGAAAAAAUCGAAAUUUAUCGACCUGGUCCGUAAUGUCGAAUUGACGAGCGACUAAUGAUGGUACCAGCGUUCGUAAACUAUACGUCCACAAGAGGAAGAGUUGCGAUAGUAGAAAUGGAAAAUGUGAUCGUCGGAAAAAGCGACACGUGUACAUAAUACAUAGAAUUAAAGAGACAUUUAAGAUCAAUUAUGUAGUUAUAUACAUACAUACGUCGCAUUGAUCGGCAUAUAUUUAUCAUGCGGGAUAAAAUAGUCUCGUUUAGUCGCGUCAAAUUUGUACUUAGAGCGGUGUUAGUUGAUUGAUGAAUUGUUCGGAGACCAAGUCCGUUCUCAAACGCAAUUUCGAUCGAACUGCAUUUGCUGAAAAGCUAAAAAUAGCGUUAAAUGGAUUCAAUUUUAAAUCAAUAAUGUAGGUUUAUCAUACAUAUUAUAAAGAUGAUUUAUGUACAUGAUUUGUAAUAUAGAGUAGGGGAUCACAUUGUUAUGUUUCUUUAAUAUAUAGACAAACGUCUGAAUAAAGUGCGAGUAUGCAAAUUUGA